UGGGUGAUUGCUGAUUUUGGCUCGGGGGUCUUGCACUGGGCGACGGACAACUACGGCAACGGUAAAACACCCGUUAUGGGAGGAAUCAUUGCAGCUUUUCAAGGGCACCACUCAGCACCUUGGACUAUUGCACAGCGUGGAUUUUGCAACAAUGUAUACAAGCUUUGCAUUCCGUUCGGAAUUGUACCCAUGUUGGCUAUUAACGCUAUUGCCCCUCCGGAUGUUGUCUUCUUUAUGGCAACAUUUUGUGUCUUUGAAAUCAUGUCGCAAGAAUUUCACAAAUGGUCUCAUCAGCUUAAAAGCGAAACACCCGGUUGGGUGAAUUGGCUACAGGAUUCUGGGUUGACGAUUGCUCGCAAGCCUCACGCAUUGCAUCACUUGGCACCCUUUGAAGGAAAUUAUUGCAUCAUUUCUGGAAUUUGCAACCCAGUCUUGGAUCAAUCCGGGUUUUUUCGCCGACUUGAACGUGUCGUUUACAGUCUCAACGGUAUCGAAUCGAAUGCUUGG